UCAGCCUCUCUCCCUUCCCCUCCCACCUCCUCUUCGCUGUAAUUUUCUCGUUCUCUGGACUCGGGCUCUGGUCCUGGCCUUCGGGGUCUGGGACCAGGGCGUGAUCUUCAUCCCAGGCUCAACCCUUCACUCCCUCACCUAAGGCCUGAGCUCUACUUGCGACCUCCUGACCCACUCAUCCCGGGACUCUGCCACCACUGCCUGAGCCCUGAUGGGGGAGUGAGAGGCCACACCUGGCCGGACAUGGGCCUCCCCACCGUGCCUGGCCUGCUGCUGCCACUGGUGCUCCUGGCUCUGCUGGUGGAAAGAUACCCUUCAGGGUUUGCUAGACUGGUCCCUCGCUGCAGGGACUGGGAGAAGAGAGACAGCCAGUGCCCCCAGGGAAAAUACACCCACCCUCAGAACGAUUCCAUUUGCUGUACGAAGUGCCAUAAAGGGACCUACCUGUACAAAGACUGUCCAGCGCCAGGGCUGGACACAGACUGCAGGGAGUGUGAAAGCGGCACCUACACUGAAUGUGAGAACUACCUCAGACAAUGCCUCAGCUGCUCCAAAUGCCGAACAGAAAUGAACCAGGUGGAGAUUUCUUCUUGCAGAGUGGACCAGAACACUGUGUGUGGCUGCAGGAAGAACCAGUACCAGAAGUAUUUGAGUGACACUGUUUUCCAGUGCCAAAACUGUAGCACCUGCCUCAAUGGCACGGUGCAAAUCGCCUGCAGUGAUAAACAGAACACCGUGUGCACCUGCCAUGCAGGGUUCUUUCUGAAAAACAACGAGUGCAAACCCUGUGUUAACUGCGAGAAAGACUCGGAGUGCACCAAGUUGUGCCUACCCACCACUGAAACUGUUAAGGGCGCUCAGGACCCAGGCACCACAGUGCUGCUGCCCCUGGUGAUCUUCUUUGGCCUCUGCCUUUUAUCCCUCGUCUCCAUGGGGUUAAUAUGCCACUUCCAACGGUGGAAACCCAAGCUCCAGUCCAUUUUUUGCAGGAAAUCGACACCUGUAAAAGAGAGGGUGUCUGAGCACCUGGCCCCAGGCUUCAGCCCCACCACAGGCUUCAGUCCCAUCCCCAACUGCAUCCCAAGUCCCACCUUCACCCCUAGUGACUGGUCCCAUCACAGAGAUGCAUCAGCGGCACAGAUGGCCUCAUCCCACCAGGGGGCUGGCCUUCUCCUCAAUGCAGCUCCAGCCUCCACCCCCAUCCCCACCAUUCUUCCAAAGUGGGAGGGCAGCACCUACACGCAGCAGCAGCAACAGCAGCAGCAGCAGCAGCAGCGCCCAGAUGCCGACCCAGCGACGCUGUAUGCUGUGGUGGACGGCGUGCCCCCGUCCCGCUGGAAGGAGCUGGUGCGGCGCCUGGGGCUGAGCGAGCACGAGAUCGAGCUGCUGGAGCUGCAGAACGGACGCUGCCUGCGCGAGGCGCACUACAGCAUGCUGGCGGCCUGGCGGCAGCGCACCCCUCGCCGAGAGGCCACGCUGGAGCUCCUGGGUCAGGUGCUCCGCGACAUGGAACUGCACGGCUGCCUGGAGGACAUAGAGGCCACCCUGUGUGGUCCAGCUUCCCUCUCGCCGCUGACCCACCUUCCCAGAUGAGGCCACACCCCCUGGAAGGGGCCUGCCCCAGGACAGCUGUUUCCUGCACCAGGACCCCUGAAGGACCUUGCAACGUGCCCUCGGGACCCUCUUUUUUCUGGAGAGGAAGGGUCUUGGAGGGGCAGGCAUGAGCUGGCAGCCAGACUUGGUGCUACUCCCUCAGUGUACAUAGCUUUCUGAGCUGCCUGAGCACUGCCAGGGUCAGCUGCGUGUGUGUGUGUGUGUGUGUGAGAGAGAGAGUAACAGCUAGAUAGAUGUGUGUGGUUGUAGAUGUCGUGUGUGUGGUUGUGAGAGGCUGAGUGUGCCAGGAGCCCAAGUGGGUGGUUGUGGGGAUAAGGGGUAUCAUGCCUUGUUGCCUAUUUUGGGCCUGGAGGACCCAAUAAGGCCCUUCAGGGGCCCCUGAGCCUUUUUCACAGUACAUAAGCAAUCUCUGUAUCGAUUAUGCUAUCCUAAUAGAAACCUGGCACCCCUUUGUUCCCUGCCAGGGCAGCAUGGAGUAAGCCGCACUGUCCCACGGCAGGGGCAAGCACACAACAAAGGGGCAUCCAGCUGGCGCUGUGGACUUUUGUAAAUACACUAAAACUGGAUAAUUAAAGUUCUGCUCCUGGAGGGAGUGGUCUUUCUGAGUGGAGGGAGGCCUGGGGCAGAGACCUGGAUCCAGACAGGUGGGAGGGUGAAAAGUCCUAAGCUCUGGCCAGAUACCCCACCACCAACAUGCCAACUGCCGGAGGAGUAGCCUGUGCUCACAUCGACCCCCUCAGGCUCUUCCUGUCCUCAUCUAGUGCUGACUGGGCAGUCAUUUCUGUGCACAACUUUAUGUGGGCUCGGGUGUCUGGUACAGAGGUGCAGCUCUGGAUUCUCCAGAGCCGGAGCAGGAAGCACAGGGAUCCUGGGCCAGGAGUCAUGGGGAGUGUGGGUCUGAGGUGGAGUUCUGGGGUAGGGGUGGUGACCAGCACGCUUGGGGGAGAGAUUUCCUUAGGGAGCAAUGCCAAAGGUCUUGAUGUUCCUCACACCUCUCUGAAAAGAAAGGAGGUGGGCGUUAGGUGUAGGCAGACAUGGGCUAAGGGCCCUUCCCUGCAGUGGCCCCUGCUCUGGUGCCGCCCUCCUAUGCUCACCCCUCCCCACCAACCUCCUACUCUGCCACCCACUCCAAACGGCUUUCCCCUGCUCCCUCCCAUGCCACCUUCCCUGCAGCACUCACGAUGAGGACAGGGGCGUGUCUAGCCGGAUGACGGGGGGCCCACGCAUCCUCUGCAACUGCACCCGAGUCAGCUUCGGAGGCUUGCUGUGCCCAGGCUCCGGGAUGCCCUCGAUCCUUUGGCUGGCCAGUUCCGCCCGGAUCUCUCUGAGCAUGUCCUCGGCGCUGAGGGGGUGAGGGGAGGGGGAACGGCGGGGUCCUUGGAAGAGGGGCCCCUCUUCUUCCUCGUCCUCUGAAGAUGCCCAGGGGCUUUCCCCAGCAGAGUCAGUGUGGGUUGGGGUGUGUGGGAGCUGCCCCCGAAGUCGGGCCCUAUGCAAGGUCUCCGCUACUGUGUUUCCUCCCACCGAGGUCCCGUCUUCUUCCUCAGACCAGGCUGGUGGUUCUCCCCUGGGAAGACUGUCUCCUCUUCGGAUAGCUUCCCCUGGUAGUACAGGGGUGCUUCGGCGUUGGGGAGCUUGGGGGUCAGGAGGCUGGGGGCGCAAAGUAACAUCCCGAAGGUCCAGGGCAGAGAAGGUGAGGAAGGGGCGUCGCCGAAGGGCCCACGGGCGCAGCCGGCUCAGUGAGGAGUGGGACCCCUUGGGGGAGACCGGGACCAGAGUGCUGUAGCCAGAGUCGGAGGUGUCAUCUGGUACCGAGGGAGUGUCUUCAUCCGCGUCUUCUGUCACCACCAGAUGGGGGAUGACACUGCAGAACUCAGAAGUCCUACAAAUGCAUAGCCAGAGUCAGACGCCAAGGGGUCAAGGUUAAAUCCAGGAAGUAUCCCUUGAUCACUCCGUUCAGAAACGGUCCCUCCAAACUUAAUUUGGCAUCACCUUAACACUACACUGACUGUUUUUAUCAUCUCUGGUUGGACUGUAAGCUCUUCUAAAACAUUUUAGUCACAACACUUGGUCCAGGUCCUCGUAUAAACUAAGUGCUCAUGUAUUUUCUGCGGGGUUCCUGAGGUUACCCUGAGGUUACCCCUGUGACGAAUCUUUUUUCUCCUUAACCAUGCUGUCGAACAGCUGUGUUAUUCAGGAUGAACCUCUCACGCUCUGGGAAUUUAAUUUGGACUAACUUGGUCCCUGCAGCUCCGACAUUCUGCAAAUCCC